ACCGCUAAUAUCGAAUCGUUGGCUUGAAUACGAUUCCAACAGGACUUGUUUUUUUAUGAACUAUGAUACCAGGAUAAAUUUUAUUGUAACUCCCACCAACAAUGUUGGGAGCUAGAUAAGGACUGUCUCUUCUCUUGUUUGAAUAUGUUCUCCCGGAAUCGCUUCAAUGGACAACAUGGAGCGGGUGUUUCCCCUAAAGGAGGCACUAAAGCAAAAGUCCAGCCACCCAAAAAGAGGGCUCCAAACCCUAGGGUAGCAUUAGUCAUUCGAGGUAAAAUACAUCGACUCUUGCAAGGAUCUGCUGACCACCAUGCCCCAGAGUCUCACCAGCACUAUUAUGCGGGUAUUGAGGAUGCGGAGGAGGAGGAGGCAGCAGCAGCAGAAACAGAUGAGAGCAGAAAUGAGCACAGAAGGAUAUAUGCAAAGGUUAGUCCUAGGGCUGGAGCCUACUCGCCAAAAGUGUCAAAUGGUAAAGAACAUGGAGUGGCUUCAGGGCCACCCUGUGUAGGAGAGGUGGAGCUGACCAGAGAGGGAUGUAUAAGAAUACCCUGCACUCUACGGCAUAAAAGCUGCAGAUCCCCAGUAAAUAGGAAACGUAUCUCAUUUGAGGAUGGAGUUCAGACAAUCCCUGAUCAGAUGCGACCAACCCCACACUACAGUCCAAGUAGCCCAGACAUGAAUGGUGCCAAAUUUGCCGCAGCAGCUGGAAGGGAUUGUCGUUCACCCUGUAUUCUGCCUAAGAGACCAUAUUCUACUGGAGACUGUGUGGACUACAACUUCAACAGAGCUCUCCAAGGUACAAUGCUUGAAGACGACGAAGACAAAGAGGAGGAGUCAAGUGCUGUCAUUGAGCACAUUCUUAAAGAGCUGAGGGGGAUCAACAAGAUCCAGGAGGAAAUCUCUGACCUCAGGGAUUACCUGACCUCUGUUCGAGGGUCAGUUGAGGAAGUAUCAUCCUGUGUAGAUGCUGUAUUGCUGGAGAUUGAGGGCAUUCGUUCUAGCAAGGCUAGUUCAGGGGAACAUGCAGGCACCUGGUCAGGUGUAGGGUCCAAGGAUGGAUCAUCCCCUCGCAGAAGGCCCGCUAGUGCUUAUGGGAGUUUAGGGAGAGCAAUACCAAAGUCUGAUUUAAAUCAUUUUCCCCAAGUCUGCCAUGAGCGGCAUAGCAUCCAUGGAGAAUUAUUUCUACAAAGGGCUGAAGAGGCGUCUGUUUCCCCAAUCGCUGAAUCUGUGGAUCAACAGGAACUAGAGGAACCUGAUGAUAAUUCUGACCACAGCUCAGAUAUUCCAGUAGGUGCUAUAGCAAGAAAGCUCAGCUUUGGCUACCUUGACAGGCAGGAUGGCCAUGACUGUCCAAGUACCAGCUCUUUGUCCUCUGGUCAUAGCUCAAAGUCUGAGUCAGACCUAGAUAGACCAUUGUCUAGUCAUGGGAGAAAAGAGCAGAGACCAGAUGACAGGGAGGGACAUUGGACUAACACUGGACCACCACACAGUGCCACUGGGGAAUCUCAGUGGCAUAGGGAAACUGCUUACCACAGGGACAGACGUCUGCAGGUGCAUGAAGAUGAGAACCCUCCAUGUUGUGAGGGAGCUGGUGGCUGGGAUCACUACAGUGUUGCAGGAGGAUAUGGUACAUCAGGGAAAUGCUCCACAGGAAGCUCAGAACAUCUCUCUGUUCGCUCUGUUAAACAUUACAACUCACCUGCCAGUACUUCUAGCAGGGAGGAGUGGCAGUCACGGAGGAGAAGGUCUCGAACACAGUCAGGGAGUCACGUUCCAACAGAUACUAACGUUGAAAACCCCACUUUAGGAUAUGAGUGUGCUGCAGAUUUUUCCUACCCUCAGAGUUCUGGUUACCAUUCAGUUGAUGGGCAUGAUGGAGAAGCAGAGGAGUUUGACUAUCAGCCAUCAAAUGACCUGAGCUACACAACAGAUUGUCAAGUUGAUAGCUAUCAGGAAACCUAUUUACCCUAUGAAGAUUCUUCAGAAGUGAGAUGGACUGAGGCAUACCUAUGUGCCACUGCGGGGGGUGUGGAUAGGCCAUUCAUUCAAGAGCCUGUGGCCAGUAACCAAAGUUUGGAAAACUGGCUCCCUCCCCAUGGCAGUGCAGACGUCCAAGCUGGUGGUUUCAACGUCAAGCGCAUAGGUCGAGCUGUACUUGAUUUUAGCUCUGCUUUACGGGGUGCAUUGCGCAAAAUUGAUGUACCUGGAUCCCAAGAGGAAGCAGACUUUGAAAUGUCAAUGCCUUCUGACUUACCUACAGCUGAGUUGCCUUCAAAACCUUUAUGCCAUGAGGCGCAAUUUGAACAAACGUCUGGCAUAACUCCAAAAGGGCAUGUGGCUGAUAGUAAUGCUGUUGAGCAAUUGAGCAAAAACAAUACUCUAGACAAUUCGCAUCAUUUGUCUGUGGAGCCUAUUAUGGAGGAAACCAACCUUAACUUGGAGACUUUUGACACCUCAAAACAUCCUCCUUAUUCAGAUAAGAUCCCCCCGUGCCUGGAUGAGCUGACAGUCACUGAUCCAUUUCCUAAUAGCAUUGCAGCACUGCCUCCACCUGGUGGCCUUACACAACAACCUGCUGAAGGUCCUGCAGAAGGUCUAGCAGACUGUCCUGCAGAUCUGAGUGGUAAGGCUCAGAUUUCACAAUGCACCACUGCAGAAUCCCUCUCGGUCUCUCUGUUGGCUGAUGAACCUGCAGCACAGAAGGAGCAGGGAGAAACUGAGGUGCAACCUGCCAAUCAUCAGUUAGCGACGGACACUGCUGUGGCCCCAGAGGGCGAUGCAGCAGAGCCACCUGUGGACAUAAGCCAAAUGGAUGAACGCAGGCUAAAGUGCCUGAGGAGCUUCCAGCAAAUUCUGCGGGAGAAAAGAGAGACCAGACGCAACCUGACCAGUAUGACCAUGUCCACCUUCUCUCAGGAUGACUUUGAACCAGAUGGAAGUCAAGAUGGAGAUCAGAGCCGAGAUCAGGAUGGUGACCCCAGCAAGCACCCGUGGGCCAAGCCAGGGGGAAACGCACCGUUUGGCAUUGACAGCAUGCCAGACCUCCGGAAGAGGAGGCCCAUUCCCCUUGUUAGUGAACUGGCGAUGACUAUGAUACAGUCCAGGAAAGCUGGACUCGCCCACACACUGGCCACACGGACGUCCCUGAAAGAUGAAGAGCUUAAAAACCAUGCGUACAAAAAGACCCUGCAGGCGCUGAUCUACCCCAUCUCCUGCACCACGCCGCACAACUUUGAGGUGUGGACGGCCACCGCGCCCACCUACUGCUACGAGUGCGAGGGCCUGCUGUGGGGCAUCGCCCGGCAGGGCAUGCGCUGUGCCGAGUGCGGGGUCAAAGUGCACGAGAAAUGCCAAGAGCUGCUGAACGCCGACUGCCUGCAGAGAGCGGCCGAGAAGAGCUCCAAGACCGGGGCGGAGGACCGCACGCAGCACAUCAUCAUGGCCAUGAAGGACCGGAUGAAGAUCCGCGAGAGGAACAAGCCGGAGAUCUUCGAGGAGAUCCGCCGGGUCUUCGACAUGUCCAAGAUGAUCCACGCGCAGUACAUGAAGAGCAUCAAGCAGAGCGUGCUGGACGGCACCUCCAAGUGGUCGGCCAAGAUCACCAUCAACGUCGUGAGUGCACAGGGUCUCCAGGCCAAGGACAGGACGGGCUCCAGUGACCCGUACGUCACCAUCCAAGUUGGCAAAACCAAGAAGAGAACGAAGACCAUCUACGGAAACCUGAACCCGGUGUGGGAGGAGAAGUUCAGCUUCGAGUGCCACAACUCGUCGGACCGCGUCAAGCUGCGCGUCUGGGACGAGGACGACGACAUCAAGUCGCGCGUGAAGCAGCGUCUGAAGAGGGAGUCCGACGACUUCCUGGGCCAGAGCAUCAUCGAGGUGCGAACGCUGAGCGGCGAGAUGGACGUCUGGUACAACCUGGAGAAGAGAACCGACAAGUCGGCGGUGUCCGGUGCCAUUCGUCUUCAGAUCAGCGUGGAGAUCGAGGGAGAGGAAAAGGUGGCACCUUACCACGUACAGUACACGUGCCUCCAUGAGAACAUGUUCCACUUCUCCACGGACGUGGAGGGAGGCGGCGUGGUGAAGAUCCCGGUUGCCCAGGGCGACGACGCCUGGAAGGUCUACUUCGACGAGGUGCAACAGGACAUCGUGGACGAGUUCGCCAUGCGCUACGGCAUCGAGUCCAUAUACCAGGCCAUGACCCAUUUCUCCUGCCUGUCCUCCAAGUACAUGCUGUCGGGGGUGCCGGCGGUGAUGAGCACCCUGCUGGCCAACAUCAACGCCUUCUACGCCCACCCCACCGCCUCCACCAACGUCUCCGCUCCGGCCAGAUUCGCAGCCUCCAACUUCGGGAGAGAUCGAUUCGUGAAGCUCCUGGAUCAGCUGCACAACUCCCUGCGCAUCGACCUCUCCAUGUACAGAAACAACUUCCCAGCCAGCAGCAAGCCUCGCCUCAGCGACCUCAAGUCGACCGUGGAUCUUCUCACCAGCAUCACGUUCUUCCGAAUGAAGGUCCUGGAGCUGCCGAGUCCUCCCCGGGCUGCCAACGUGGUGCGGGACUGCGUCAAGGCCUGUCUGAACUCCACCUACGAGUACAUCUUCAACAACUGCCUGGAGCUCUUCAACCGUCAGUUCCAGCCCGCCGUCCCACCACCCGAGCCGCAGAAGAAAAGGACGAAGAAGAAGAAGGACAGGGCUGAAGGAGAAGAGGGAGGAGAUGAUGAGGAGGAGGAGGAUGAGGAGGAUGAAGACGAUGAGGAGGAGGAGAAGAAAGACGAGGGCCAACCGGAGGAGCAAGGCCCGACUAUUCAGAAUCUGGAAUUCUGGCCCAAACUCAUCACGCUCAUCGUGUCCAUCAUCGAGGAGGACAAGACCUCGUACACGCCCAUCAUCAACCAGUUUCCUCAGGAGCUCAACGUGGGCAAAGUGAGCGCGGAGGUCAUGUGGUCGCUGUUCGCCCAGGACAUGAAGUACGCCCUGGACGAGCACGAGAAGCAUAAGCUCUGCAAGACGGCCGACUACAUGAACCUGCACUUCAAGGUCAAGUGGCUUUACAACGAGUAUGUUAAGGACCUGUCCGCCUUCACAGACACUGUGCCCGAGUACCCAGCCUGGUUCCUCCAGUUCGUCCUGGCCUGGCUGGCGGAGAACGAGGAGGUGUCCAUGGAGUUCAUGCACGGAGCGCUGGAGCGGGACAAGAGAGAAGGGUUCCAGCAGACGUCGGAGCACGCGCUGUUCUCCAGCUCGGUGGUCGACAUCUUCACGCAGCUCAACCAGAGCUUUGAGAUCAUCAAGAAGCUGGACUGCCCCGACCCGGCGGUGGUGGCCCACUACAACAGGCGCUUCGCCAAGACCAUCACCAGAGUGCUGCUGCAGUACUGUGCCCUGCUGGCCAAGAGCUUCCCGUCCUACUGCGAGAAGGAGAAGAUACCCUGUGUGCUGAUGAACAACGUGCAGCAGAUGAGGGUCCUGCUGGAGAAGAUGUUUGAGUCGAUGGGAGCAAAACUGGCUGAGAAGAAAGACAAAGAGAAGCAGGAGGAAAACAAGAGCAAAGAGACUGAAGCCACAGCGGCCACCACGAAGAUGGAUACAGAGGCGGCAAACAUCCUCAACGAGCUGCAGGUGAAGCUGAGCACCGUCCUGGACAACUUCAGCACCACAUUCGCCAAGAGCUUCCAGACCCGCAUCAACGGCUGCAUGCGUCAGAUGGCAGAGAUCCUCUACCAGAUCAAGGGGCCCCCCAAACACGACACGGCCGAGGCCGACGCCGACGCCAUGCUGAGGCCCCUCAUGGAGUUCCUGGACGGGAAUCUCAGCGUCUUUGCGGACGUCUGUGAGAAGACGGUGCUGAAGAGGAUCCUGAAGGAUCUGUGGAAAAUCGUCCUGAGCAGCCUGGAGAAGACCCUCGUCCUGCCGCAGAGCAACGACAGCCUGGGAGCCCAGCUCCUCACAGCAGCUAAAGGACUCUCAAAUCUCAAGGGAGGAGGUGAAGCCAAAACCCUGACGCCCAAACAGUGUAUCAUCAUCGACGCAGGGCUGGAGACCAUCAAGCAAUAUUUCCACGCCGGAGGAAACGGGCUGAAGAAGGCGUUUGUGGAGAAAAGUCCCGAGCUGGCGUCGCUGCGUUACGCCCUCUCCCUCUACUCACAGAGCACCGACGCCCUGAUCAAGACCUUUGUGACCACGCAGCACUCGCAAGUGCACGAUGGGAUGGGCAUCAGAAUCACUGGCAAUGAGAAGAUCCGACCUGACAGGGGUUCCGGGGUGGAGAAGCCGAUCGGAGAGGCCGUUCUACAGAUCGACAUGAUGUUCGGGAAAGAACGAAAGGUCAACGUGAGAGUCAUCACGGUGAACGACAUGAAGUGGCAGACGUCCGGCAUGUUCCGGCCGUUCGUCGACGUCGCCAUGGUCGGCCCCUUCCUCGCCGACAAGAAGCGCAAGUUCACCACGAAAUCCAAGAACAACAGCUGGACGGCGAAGUUCAACGAGGCUUUCCAGUUCAUGCUGGGUAAGGAAUCCCCGGACUGCUACGAGCUCCAGGUGACGGUGAAGGACUACUGCUUCGGCCGGGCGGACCGGGUGGUCGGCGUGGCCGUGGUGCAGCUGCGCGAUGUCGCCGACCGCAAGAGCUGCGUGUGCUGGUGUCCGCUGGGGCCGCGCGUCCACACUGACGAGACGGGCAUGACGGUGAUGCGCAUCCUGUCCCAGCGGCCCGCCGACGAGGUGGCCAAGGAGUUCGUCAAGCUGAAGUCUGAAACACGUCCCGUGGAGGAGGGCAGAUGAGCGGCGGCGGCGGCGGCGGCGACUCUGGAUCAGAGGAAAAAAGCUGGAAAACCUGACACGGAUCCAGAUUCUCGGUGAAGAGUCGGCACUGUGUUUUAGUUUCGCAGCUUUGUUCAUGAGCAUUGUCUUCUACUCUCCGAAUACAGACCGCUACAGCGUCUGAGUGAUAACACUCAACGUGGGUUUUAUCCUAGUUACGGUAGGGUAGAAUUCAAUUGGCGCGUGUUGGAAGAAGUUGUAACUGAUAAUCAGCAAUGAUACUACAACUCUCAAGCAACAUAAGGGUUCAAAUCACCAACGAGGAACUAUUAACACAUGCUUGAUCUUUUAAUCCUACUGACUUGACGAUUCCAGUCGAACCUGGCGUAGCCAGACUCUUACUCAAAUGUGUAGUCUGGAACCUCUCGGUUCAUUUUGGAUUUCCAAGACGGCGAUUACCAAUGGACGCAGACCAAAAUGCGUCCAGACGCAAUUGGAAAAAAUUGUUUUUUGUGGGAGAAACGUGAAAAUAUCUUUGAGUCGAAUGCUCGUUCGUCAGCGGCGGCCAUCUUGGAUGGUUUACAAAAGUCGCAUCUCUCCCCGCCCAAGUUUUCUGCCGGAGGGGAAAUCACUUCCCGAUGGAGGGGAUCCAGACCGUGAGUCUGGCAGAGCAAAUGAAAUGAGCUCCCAGAAUUCAUCUGGGUCCCAGGCGUCAAAUAGCCAAUUAAAUCUCUGCGUCAUAUCUGGAUUUGGAUCUGUCUGUCUUGACGGUGAGAAAAAACACAUGAAUGUGGCAUAACGUUUUUACAAAUGACUUGGACCUGAACAGUAAAUUCUGUCUGCUGUCGAGCGACUGAGUAACUAUGACAUGAGCUGGAGGAAGUCAUCGCCAGAUUGUACUGUGUGUGAGGCCUUAAGGUACAACUGUUGACGGUUUCCCAAAAGACGUCAUUGGAUACCAGCCAUCAACCAACUUACGAAUGUCACCCAAAACAAACCAAACAUCAUACUUAGCAUGAUGAGUUGCUGCAAAGAGCUCGAGCUCGUAAACAAAAAAACCUUUUUGAGAAGGAAGGCUGCGCCGAAAUGGCAAAAAUGGGAAUUUACAGUAUUAACUAACAACAAUUCCCAAAAAAUUGAGAACAAGGAACAAAAACAAAAACAAGUUGCUAAUUUUGAAGAUGUGCAACACACAUCAGCAACUACACACACGGGGACAGACUUCGUAACGUCUUCGCUCAAGAAAGUAAAGUCCCAGAAAGAGAGGAAAAAUAGACAGAGAUUAUGCUUUUGUAUAGGGCCCAGAAUGUGGUGCUACACCCCUGACUACGCAUCGUAGCAUCAGUUCCACGUAGAGGAGGAUGUCAUCAGCGUACGGUAGCAAAUUCCAAAGAGCGUUUUCUUCUACGGGGGGACGGUGAAAGAUUCUGAUGCACCGAACCAGGAAGAAGAAGAAGUGUCAGGAUGCUGCUCGUGUGUGUUGCUGUUAAAUGAUAAUAAUCUGCUGGUUUUUUAAAUUUUUCCCCAAAGUAAAAAAAAAUAUAAGACCUUGAAAAGAAAAGAAAACAUGACACACGAAGGUCAGAUGUCGUAGUUAGUUCUUAUGAAUGACUAAGCCUUAAAAACAAAAAAAAAGCCAGCUAGCUAACAUAGUUCACUGUACUCACUUAAAGCAUGAAUGGGUUUCGACAACAUUGACAUUUAAAAUUUUUGGCAUUGAUUUUUUAUUUUAAAGAAAAGUAAAGAAUUGCGGGCGCAGUAGUUCAAAGUAUACGACGGAGCAACCGGACUGUGGCCUGUCGAACAAAGUGCAGCGUCUCUCCGCAACCGAGACACGAAAUGUAACGUCAUAGCUUUUUAUUUAUUUUUUAAUUUAGCUCUUUUUCGUUUGUUUGCUUUUUGCCAAGCGUUAAAAACUGUGACUGUGAAGACUGUUUACCUGUAGAUCUGCUCCGGACAGAAAAACCAACCAAAAGCUGACAAACCUGCUUUUUUAAGGGGUUUAAAAACACCUUAACUGGGAGAACCUUAAAAAAAAUGGACCUUCUCCCCGAGAAUUAUAUUUUAUCUUAUUUUAUUUUUUUAAAACAGUUUUAAAAAUGGAUGAGAAAUGUUUCGGAUGCCGUGCAUGCACAGUCAACACCCUGCGACGAUUCCUUGGUGUUUUCCCGCCAGACGCACUACAAACUCGGGACUGAUGGGAAGUUUAAAAAAUAAAAUGACAACAACACAGAGGCAGGGUUUGACUGAAGUGUCCCCGGGCGCUGAUCCUCACUCUCGUCCGUUUACCACGUGCCAAGGACAAAAGCAAGUGUUCAGCGAUUCUGUUUUGGGUUUGUUUGCCACUGGGGAACGUCCCACUCGUCCGCUGCCACUUUUGCCAAAAAACUAGCUCCAAACUUUGGUACAGUUUAGACGAGAUGGUGCGGAAACUAUAGUUUAUAGAGUUUUUGUCUUUUUGCUUCUGCUGUUUUAAAAAUGACAAAAACAUUUGUCCGCAGCAGGUUUCAAAGUGGGAUCUUUCGCCGGUGGCCGUCCGUCGCUAUAGUGACAGCUGAGCUCUUGCACUCAACUGUAAGUUUGUAAAAAAAUAAAUAAAAAGAACGAUGAAGCCUACAAGCAGAGCAUGUAUUUAUUGUACACAAUCAAACAGAAUUGUGAUUUUUUUCAUGUAUGUACUGUGAAAUAUGAAGACUAAGUAUGUGAUGUAUUUAUCAUUAUUCUACUGUGACAUAUGUUGAAUAUACUUGUAACAAUAUUUUGUAUAUAAAAUAUUUA